AUGAGCAAAAAGUCAGAGGCUUCAAACGAAACUAACGCUCAGGAUGCCGACUUUUACCUCCACCCUCACCUAGUCCCUGAUCAUGAUCCAUGCAAAGGCCGACUUCUGCGCGUGUCUGCUCCAGUGCCAUCAGGUACCGUUCUCCUGGUGGAUGCUCCAUACGCCGUCGUGCCAGCUGUGGAUUCACCAAGGACGGAUGAUCUCAUUUGCAGCAACCUCGUCUGCUCGCGACGUGUAAAACAGGACGGCAAAGGUUCGUGCUGCCUCAGAAACUGCAUUCAAGACGUCAUUUGGUGCGAUGAUGCUUGUCGGGCUGCAGACUGCGCAAGGCACGAAUUUGAGUGCCUGUGGCUGAAGCAAAAUGGAGAGACCAUCCGCCGUCAGGAGGGCGAGUACAACUUUGUCACACUUUGGCAUGUUGUUCGCCUACUAGCCGGGCGAGGCUUGGAGUUGCACAGGGGGACGUCAAUACCAUCUCAGCUCUAUUCAUGGGAGAAUGAAUUCAAGCGCGGUUGGGCUUCCGUCGAAAUGUGCUGCGCGUACCUUAAUUCAUGGCCGGAACAGCAGAUCGAGCACUGGAAGAGACUGGCCAGCACGUAUCUCAGCGACGCAUCAAUACUACCUUGCCUGUUGACUGCCAACGACAUGCUAUCACUCAUAUGCAAAGAGGAAACAAACACAUUUGGACUCUAUCCGAAGAUGACAGGACCUUUGUAUAUGGUUGAUCAACCCGUGCAGAGAGGGGAAUCUUACGGAUUGGGUAUAUACCCCAGGGCCGCAAUGUUUAACCAUUCUUGCCUACCAAAUGUCACGCACAAGCCUAACAACCAGGCACGAAUGGUCUACACUGCAGCACGCGACAUCGCCCAGGGGGAAGAGUGUUGUAUCACCUACUUCGACCUAACAGUCUAUGAAGAUAUCAUGAGUAGGCAGGGGUUGGUUCAAGACCAAUUUCAAUUUUCAUGUACCUGCGAACGAUGUCUUCGAGAAGAGGCAGAGAGGAAUUUAGCCGGCAUAGAGUCAUUACCUUUUGGUCCAUUUUAA